AUGAUGCUCUCUGUGAAAUAUAAACCGCUUCAUAAUGUAACCGAUUUUACUCAUUACACAAGAAAAGUUGACAUGAUGGGAGAUAAUGAUGAAGUUGAAACUCAACCACUUACUGUUGAUGAAGAGGAAGUAGUGGAUUCACUGAUCAAAUUUCGUGAAGAAUGCAUAGCUCACACCGGAAAAUGGAAAAAAUUACUGGAUGAGUGUACGGAGCGCGUGAAUUCGAAAGCAAAGACAAAAGAAUCAUGUCAUUACGAAAUGGUUGAUUACAUUCAGGCUCUUGAUCACUGCGCUAUGCCUAAAGCUUUUGCAACUCUGAAGUAA